UUUGCUCUACUUGAAGUUUGUAGCUAUUUAUCUAUUGUACUUGUGCCGUUACUGGCCGUUGGCGAUGGUACGUUGCAGAUAUCUGGGCUUCACCUGCCAUUCUCUCGCCUCGUUCGGUAAACUGUCAGCCUACAUACAACCUCAAUACCACCAAACACACAAAUUCCUUUUCACGCUUUAAUAAUCUCACCCUUUGCCAUAUUUCAUGAUUUCACAAACGAGGCUGGUCAGCCGGUUAGUCGGCCGAGCGGGUCGGUCCCGGCCCCGUUAUACAACGGGGACCCCCUUACAAACUCUGUAUUGUUAAUUUCCCAGCCUUACAGUCGCGUCCAAGAGGCGAAUCCUACCUUUUUGUCUUUCCCACACAACCUUUGAGCACUCAAGGACAGUCACUGCAACUGUACCACGUACUCACCAUGCACACCGGCUUCGAAGAUACACCCGGGCCUGGCACCCAUACGGGGCUGCCGACGCUGCCGCCGCUGCCAACUCCCUCCGGCUUUAGCAGAACCUCUGUCUUCUGCGCUGAUCUCAACUACGACAGGCCGUUCUUUGCCUCAGUUAUUCGGGCCAAUCCCACAGCUACCGAAUAUGCCAUUGAAUGCGGAGGUGGGAACGGUAUGUGCGCUGUCUACAACACCAGCAUGCACGUCCUGACCGUCGGGCCAUCCACCAUGGUUGCCACAGCCAUGGAUACCUACGUAACUCGCGGCUUUGACUGCAAGCUGCACGGCACCACGGCUGCGGACUGCGAAUUCUUUGUGCACGGCGAAGCACCGUAUGUUAGCGGUACAUUCCCCAUGCCGAUUCCCGAUAAGGAUGAGAUCGAUCCCAGGUAUAAUGCGUUUUCCGAUUACGUGGUGCCCAUGUAUAUUACGGCGGGCUUGGAGAAGCUUGCGCCUGGAUAUUCUGAGUCAAGUGCGACGUCUACGUCGGCCCCAAAGUCGACUGGCGAUGCGAGCGUAGUGCAGACAACGUCGCAAACACCACCGGCCAGUUCGACACAGGCCAAGUCUGCAGCUGCGAAGGGUUCUGUGAAAUCUGUGCUUGUAGCGCUGGGUGUGGUGGCCAGUCUGGCAGUGCUCUGAGCGCCAGCUGCAGUCACAAAACUGGGUGGA